AUGUUUAGGCACAAAAAAACAGCUAGAAGUCAGAGUCCCGACGAUCCUUUGAAGGAGAACUCAUUCAACAAUCGUCAAAAAAGAUUAGCUUAUGGAAUCUCAGAAGCGUGGAGGCGCACUUUGGCCAACCGCGAUAGUCGGAGUAGUUGUCCUAAGAAUAAUGAUCAACACCCAAAAUUCUCGACCAAGAGGUUGAAACAUGAAGUUAAAGCAAUCCUAGAGGCUGAGGAAUCGUCAAUAAAUAAUGCAGAGAAAUUACACGAAUUGGUGCGAGAUGCUCUGAUGCUUCUCUUUGAAGCUGAGCUUCACAAAAGUACGCUCAGUGCUGGCUGCGAACGAUUGAAGGAGCAGUUCGAACGCGAUGCUAAUAUCAUACGCGAUUUGCAUGCGAAACAGAAUGUACCUAUUGCUAUCACCAAUACGCUUUUGGAUACUCGCUAUCCUCUUUUAAAAGCUCCUAAUGCUGAGAAUAGCUCGUCUCUCUCUUCGGUAAAAUCGGAAGAGUGCGGGAAUGACCAGUGA